AUGAACAAUAAGAAGGAAAUAACUGAUAGAAAAAAGCCCUCUAAUGUUGGUCUCCCAUUUUCUAUGCAUGUCAUAUCACCGCCUGCAUUCAUCACUAAAUCGUCAGGAACCUUCGCGAUCUUUUUGGGAUACGGCUGCAAGCCCCUGCCCUUCUGGAUGCAUCCCAUCAAAGCCGACCAACCCAAAGGUUCUUCACAAAAAGAAGCAAAAGAAGAAGAAGAAGAAGAAGAGGAAGAAGAAGAAUCCGCGCACAGGAUUACCGUUAGCUAUUACGAAGCUAAUGGCUCUGUUCGAAAGGGAGAGAAUGUUUCAGGGGUACUGCCCCAUUUUUUGCGAGCCACAUCUUACUCGGCCGAAAGUCAGAGGACGAUGUGGGUCCAGAAUUCGAGCAAUGAAGAAGAAGAAGAAGAAGAAGAAGAAGAAGAAGAAGAAGAAGAAGAAGAAGAAGACGAAGAAGAAGAAGAAGAAGAAGAAGAAGAAGAAGAAGAAGAAGAAGAAGAAGAAGAAGAAGAAGAAGGAUCAAUUCGCAUUCAUUUCGAUGAUACAGUUGAUCUUAUGGAGAGGCGAUUAACUGCUUUUGUUUUAACUUAA